CUAAUAAAGUUUAUCAUUUCUAUUUCUGAUUUUUGAUCUGUGUUUCCUGCUUUACUUGUAUCCUCCUUCAUCAUGUGAUCCAAGUUUCACCUCUUUUAAUACGACUUGUUUCUUCCAUCACCAAAUAGUCAGAGACAACUCACAAACCAUGCUUCUCCUUUUAUAAUACUUUUUAAUGUCUCUGUUUCUAGCAGAUUUGCCCUUAAGAUGUGAAUGCCAAAACUCAAUUUUUCAGUAUAUAUGAAAAACCACAUUUAAGAUAUAACAACACACACUAGUAAUUUGUUGUUUAAAGUUUAUUUACACUGCAUUUUUUAUUCACAGAAACUUGUUUUGUAAAGCAAUUAUGCUCUUCAUCUGAUUCACAUAAUUAAAAUCUGUAAGUUGUGUCUCACAAGAUUAGUAGUACUUUAUAGUGAGAGUUGCAUACUUCAUUUUUAGUUUGAUCUAGUGUUUCUGGAAGUUCAUCACAUGACAGUAUGUAACCAAACUGAAUCUAUUUUCUAUUGUUAUCCUCUUAAAAUUUAUUGGAUUCUGUGCUGCUUUUGGCUUCUCCAAUAAAAUUUGACUUUAGUCUUAUUUGUUACCUCCACACUCUCCCUCAUACUCUCUCUCCUCCUUUAUAUAAGAUAUUCCUACAACCAUGCUUUGGUUGAAAUGAAACUCGAGACUUGUGUGAGAGGUUAGUUUAGUUGUUCCAAUACUGGUUUUCUUUAAACUCAGACUUGCCUUAGACUUAGAACAAAUCUUUGAAAUGGGAAAACUAGGGAGAAUGUUGGAUACUUUUUGUCUUUCUUUUGGCUCAAACACCUGUUUCUGCAUAAACUCCAUGGAUUUUGAAGAUGAGUUUGAGAAAAAGCCUUUGAUUGUAAGUGCUAGUGGUGAUCAUAAACUGAGAUUGAAGGAUGUAGUAGAUGGAAAACAGACAUUGGCUUUUCAGCUGAAACCCCAGAUAGUUACAUUGAGGGUGUCCAUGCAUUGCUAUGGAUGUGCAAAAAAAGUUGAGAAACAUAUCUCCAAGUUGGAAGGAGUGAGCUCAUAUAAGGUGGAUCUGGAAACAAAAAUAGUAGUGGUUAUGGGCGAUAUUCUUCCCUCUGAAGUGUUGCAGAGUGUGUCUAAGGUGAAAAAUGCAGAGAUUUGGAAUUCUCAAGGUGGUAAGCAAUAAUUUUGGACACAAGAACCAUCUUCAUCAGAUUCAUCCAAAAGAAGACAUUGAAAUAGAAUUUAGCAGCUCUAAUUUUCUGUGUGUCCUUUCUGGUGUUGUAUAUAUGAUAUAGUGUAUCAUGUUAAGACCUGUAUCCAAUCUCCAGUAAUUUUCGUGCAAAGAAGGAAAGUAAAAAAAUGUUGCAAACUCUUGUUAAAAUGUAUGGCAUACUUUGUUUCAGAAAUAUAUGUCAUACUUUGUGUUCCUACUA